GCUGACUUCCAAGGUAUGUUGUCUAUGUAUCGUGUCUAACCGAAACCCAUAUCUCAUGAUCAUCAAUUUAUCAGUAUACUGUACAUAGAAGACUUCUUUUACCUAACCUCCACAAACUCAAGGGUAUCCACCCUAAGCAACGACAUGUCUAACAACAACAACGACACAUCUCCGUCUACCCCCCAGGCCAUGAGAGCCUGGGUAUACACCUCGACGCGCGGCGGCAUCGAGAAGAACAUCCAGCUAAUCGACAACGCACCGCUACCAUUCCACCCGCCCCUACCCAACGACGCCAUCCUAGUCAAAGUGCACUACAGCGCCCUCAACCCAGCCGACUACAAGUUCCCCGAGCUAGGCCUGCCCAUGCGCGCCUUAAUCCCCACCCCCGCAUCCCCCGGCAUGGACUUCUCCGGCGUCGUCGCGCAGGUCGGCGACGCCGUCGCCGCCUCCUUCCGCGUCGGCGAUAACGUCUUCGGGCGCAUCCCCCCUAGCAAGCACGGCUCGCUAGGCGAGUACGUAUGCGCGCACCUCGACGGCUGCGCCGCCGUCCCCGAAGGCGUCUCCCUCCAGGACGCGAGCUGCAUCGGGACGGCAGCGCAGACGGCGUACCAGUGCAUCGCGCCCAACGUCAAGGAGGGAGACAAGGUCUUCGUCAACGGCGGCAGCGGAGGCACAGGCACGUUCGGCAUCCAGAUCGCCAAAGCCCUAGGCUGCCACGUGACUACGAGUUGCUCGGGCAAGAAUGCAGAGCUGUGCCGUAGCCUCGGAGCCGACGAGAUCAUUGACUACACGGCAGAGAACGUCAGCCAAGUCCUCAAGGCGAAAGGUCAAGUCUACCAGCUGGUCGUCGACAACGUCGGCACGCCGUCCGAUCUAUAUAAAGCAGCCGACCACUUCCUGCGCCCCGAAGGAAAAUUCGUGCAGAUCGGCGGCGAGUUUUCUCUGACAAACAUAACCACCAUCAUGUCGAGGCAGUUUCUACCUUCCUUCCUAGGCGGCGGCAAAAGAAAGUGGCAGUAUCUUGUUACGAAUAACACCCAUGCCGACCUUGAGCAGAUCGCCAAAUGGAUGAGUGAAGGGAAGGUCAAGGCUAUCAUCGACGAAGUGUUCCAGUACGAAGACGCACCCAAGGCCUUCGAGAAGCUGAGGAAGGGACGCACUAGGGGGAAGAUUGUAAUAAAAUGCUCUACCUAAGUAAGGUGCUAAGUAAGGUGCUCGGAUUUGCGAAACUCGAGGCGGAUAUGUACCAAAAAUUGAAAGAUUACGACACCGCACUUUAAUCGCUGGUAAGAGACAAGAGGUAAAGAGGAUAAUGGACUACAGUGCUGCCAUCAGAUAGGCAACCAUAACGGUACAUCUGGGAUAUUAGUUUGGUCUAUUGAUGGAAUAUAUAUUAUGUACUAAGCAAAAAUAGGAGAUAGUAAUACUCCUACCAUUCCGCCGCAGGGAACUCGUUCAAGACCGUCCAAAGAAGCACGUGUAUCU